GAUCAGCAGAGUCCCUUGCAAUUGAGUGAGGAAGAUAAGCAUACAUAUUGACAUGGAGUCUUUUUUAUUUUCUUACUUCAUCUUUGUUCAGAUGCUUUUGUCACUCUCACUGGUUUUUCCUCAACAUGCUUUUUCUUUUGUGCAAACCAGGUGCCAUGACCACGAGAAGUCUGCACUGUGGCAAUUCGAGCAGAUCUUUAUCAUUGACAUGAGCGCUUCUCAUGAUCCUUCCUCAUAUCCGACACUUUCGUCUUGGAAUUACAACAACGAUUGUUGCUCAUGGGAUGGCGUGGAUUGCAAUGAGGAUACCGGUCGUGUCAUCGGGCUUGACCUCAGUAGCAGCUGCCUCUUUGGUUCUAUCAACUCCAACAGCACCCUUUUCCAUCUUGUUCAUCUUCAAAGCCUUAACCUUGCAGACAAUAACUUCAACUACUCUACAAUCCCAACUCGGCUAGCUCAUCUUUCACACCUGACAUAUCUCAAUCUCUCACGUUCCCGCUUUUUUGGUCAAGUUCCCACAGAAAUUUCACAGCUCUCAAAGCUAUCCUCCUUAGAUUUGUCUUACAACAUUGAUUCCGUGGAUAAAAGGCUUUUGAGACUCGAAGGUUUCAGUUUCAAAAGCCUAAUCCACAACUUAACAAGUCUUGAAAAGCUUAUUCUUAGCACUGUUGACAUAGCAUCUACAGUGCCUGAAAGGCUUGCAAACUUGUCUUCUUUGACAACUAUGAACCUAGAAAGUUGCAGUUUACUUGGGGAAUUUCUUACUAAAGUUUUUUAUCUGCCACUUUUACAGGAUCUUAAUGUGAACUUCAACGACGAUCUCAGUGGCUACUUGCCAGAAUUUGACUUGAGGAAUUCGCUCAAAUACCUGAAGGUGUCUAGCACAAGUUUCUCUGGUGAAAUUUCGCCAUCUAUUUGCAAUCUGAGUUCACUGCACAUCCUUGCUCUAUCUUCCAGCAACUUGGGUGGAAAACUCCCUCCAUGUUUAGGGAACUUCAGUUCAAUGUCCAUGCUGAAAUUAUAUGGAAACAACUUCUGCGGAAGCAUUCCAGAUACAUGGACAAAUAACUGUAGGAUGAGGGUGAUGGACUUGAGUGAAAACCAAUUUCAGGGUCAUUUCCCAAGAUCCUUGGCAAACUGCACAUUGCUUGAGCUUCUUGACAUUAAAAAAAACCAGAUUGAAGAUAGUUUUCCAUUUUGGUUGGAAACUCUUCCUGAGUUGUUUGCUCUAUUUAUGAGUUCUAAUAGAUUCCAUGGUGCUAUAGGAGAGCCUCAAAGCAAAGUUUCAUUCCCCAAGUUGCAGAUUAUUGAUCUAUCUCACAACAAUUUCUCUGGACAUCUGCCUUGGGGAUACUUCCAACAAUGGAAUGCCAUGAAAGUUUUUGACAACACACAUGAGUUGACUUAUUUGAAUGGCAGUUAUUGUGGAAAAAAUUGGACUUUGAGUUUCUUCUACUCAAUGAAAGUUACAAAUAAAGGCAUAGUCCUGGAUUAUGGAAAAAUCCCAGAUUUCUUAAAGAUGAUGGAUCUGUCCAAUAAUCGGUUUGAAGGAGAUAUUCCAGAGUUGAUAGGAAAUCUAAAGGGUCUUAGUUCCCUCAAUAUUUCCAACAAUAUUCUCACAGGUCCAAUCCCAUCAUCUUUAGGGAACCUAUCUUACCUUGAAGUUUUGGACCUUUCUCAUAACAAGCUAUCAGGAGAAAUUCCAUUGCAGCUCACACAGCUCAAUUUCCUUGGAUCUUUCAGUGUGGCUAACAAUAACCUCACAGGGGCCAUACCGCAGGGGAAACAAUUUGACACAUUUCCAAACAGCUCAUUUGAAGGAAACAUGGGAUUGUUCGGGAGUCCAUUGUCAAAUAAAUAUGGAAACUCAGAGGAAAACUCACCACCUGAUCCAUCUCCAACAGUUCAAGAGGAGGAGGAAGAGUCUGUGUUGGAAUUAGACUGGAAAGCUGUAGUGAUUGGGUGUGGAUGUGGGAUAGUCAUUGGGAUUGUGGUUGGUCAUUUUGUAAUUGAAUAUAAACAUGACUGGUUUGUUGAAACAUAUGGAAUUUGGAAGAGAAAACAAGGGUAAAUAAGAAUGCUCUAGUUGAAAAGAAAAAAAAAAGAAAAAUUUCCUUUUAAUUCUUACAUUGUUGUUGCUAGUAACAAUAUACUAUGAAGAUCUUUUUUUAUUUCUCUCUUAUUUAUUUAUUUUUAA